AUGAACAGGACAAGACAUUUGUAUAUCAGGAAGAAGGAAACAGCUGUUUUUAAGAUGUACGCUGUUCAUUCAGGGGAUGAGCCUGGGGCAUUGGAUGGGAAUGCGAGAAUCAUGCAUCGGCUUGUUGGCUAUAAGAGCUUUUUGAUGGAACAAGAUAUAGUCUAUGGUGUGAGGGAAGACUUGGAUGGUGGAGAUAUGCGUUUUAGUGUUUUGCAUCAGGUGCAGCAGGAGCUGACUCAGCUGAGGACUGAACUCGGUUCUUUAGAAGGAAAGAUUGGGAAGAUUUCACAAGAGAUGUUGGGUUCAGUGUCUGGAGAUUUGUUUGAGAAGCUCAACAAGAUCAGGAGUAUCGGUGAUGUGGGUGUUAAGGCAAGCUCAAAUGAUAUACUUGUUGGAGAUAACCAUUUAGCUCAUUGA